CAAAGAAUUGUCGUAUUACCAGUGCUAUUAAAUUAGGAAACUGAGGGAAUAGUAGUUUAGGUCCUUUAGGACGAGACGAUUAAGAAGAUGGAAGUGUGAAAACUGUGAGCUCAUUUAUCAAAAUAUUUAUUUUGUUCAGCUUUGAAUACAGUUACAAAGGAUCCCGAUCUGGAUAAAUCGACCACAACAACAGCACUAGACGCCGGCAGCCAGUCACCACCUCUGCACCGCCUUGAAUGUACAAACGGACUCGGAUUGCGUUUAUCACAUCUCUGGCAUUCAUUUGAAAUACACAACCGCAGAAGAAACUUCAGAGCCUCUCAGAGAUUAGAGCUUGCACCAGCUUCUGUUCGAUUUCCAGUUUCCAAUGGAAUCUGAAUCCACUAGUUCAUCUCCACAUCUCUCCAGUAAAUCUUCUGAUGCUGAAGCUCCCAAGCCAGUUGCUUCCCAGAAAGAUAAUGCUGCUCAGGACACAUCUAAGUCGCAUACAUCGGCCAUAUCAUCUUGGGCGAAAACCUUAAACUUUCCACAGCCUGUAGCGCCUGGGCAACAGGGGUCAGCAAUUGGAGAUACUGGGACAUCUACAUUCUCACGUUUUGCUAGUGGUCUUGGUUUGCCAUUCACUUCGAAAGCUUCUGAGGCAAAUGAUAGUGCUGGAGGCAACUCACCAACCACACAAUCAGGUGUGUUUGAAUCAAUAACUAAAGGGCUAAUUGACACAUCUCUGAAUGCUGUGAAGGCUGUGCAAGUUAAGGCACGACAUGCAGUAUCUCAGAACAAGCGAAGAUACCAGGAGGGUGGAUUUGAUUUGGAUAUGACUUACAUAACAGAGAAUAUCAUAGCUAUGGGUUUUCCUGCAGGCGACAUGAGCUCUGGUUUCUUUGGAUAUGUUGAGGGGUUCUACCGAAAUCACAUGGAGGAAGUGAUAAAAUUUUUCGAGACUCAUCAUAAGGGAAAGUACAAAGUUUAUAAUCUUUGUUCAGAGAGAUUGUAUGAUGCUUCACUAUUUGGGGGAAAGGUUGCAUCUUUCCCAUUUGAUGAUCACAACUGCCCGCCAAUUCAUCUUAUAAAACUGUUUUGCCAAAGUGCAUAUUCGUGGUUGAAGGAGGACAUUCUAAAUGUGGUAGUUGUACAUUGUAAAGCUGGAAUGGCUAGGACAGGGCUUAUGAUUUGUAGCCUCCUUCUGUUCUUGAAGUUUUUCCCAACAGCUGAGGAAUGCAUCAACUAUUAUAACCAAAAAAGAUGUGUAGAUGGGAAGGCCCUUAUUCUUCUAAGUCAGAUUAGGUAUGUAAAAUAUUUUGAGCGCAUUUUGACUCAAUUCGGUGGUGAAACUCCUCCUGGACGUAGGUGCAUGCUGAGAGGAUUUCGAUUCCACAAGUGUUCAUCCUGGAUAAGGCCUUCAAUUACAAUAUCUAGUCACAGUGGCAUCCUGUUUUCUACAAAAAAACAUCCGAAGACUAGGGACCUUAUGCCUGAAGAUUUUUGGAUACGAACACAAAGAAAAGGAAUUAUGGUUUUUGCUCUACCUGGUGAACCUGGUCUAACUGAAUUGGCAGGCGACUUCAAGAUCUAUUUUCAUGAUCGCCAAGGAGAUUUCUACUGCUGGUUAAACACGUCAAUGAUGGAAAACAGACUGAUUUUAGGUGUCUCGGAAUUGGAUGGCUUUGAUAAGAGGAAACUACCAUCUCCUGGAUUCCAAGUUGAGAUUGUGAUGGUAGAUUAUGAUGGAAGUGUUCCAGUAAAGUCCAAGGCUGAUGGUGCCGCCAAAGGAAAGGACCCAAGACAAGGAAACAGUUCUUCAUCCAGUGAAGGAAUUAAAGGUAAUUUGAACAAAAACAAGGUAUCGGGGGGCCAAAACCAUGGUGAUGAUGUAUUUUCAGAUAGCGAUGGGGAGGAAGCUGCACCUUCCAGUACAAAAAGUCAGACAAGUGCUUCACAAACUGCUGCUGCAGGUGUUGAUUCUGGCUCCCAAAAGGAGCAGAUUGCCAAUCUAACACAUAACGCCGAACAACUUUCUCUUAGGAGCAGCGAUCCUAAAAGUGGUGCAAGCGAGAUCAAGGAUGAGACAGUUGAGAGAGCUGCCAUUCCGAAUCUGGGCUCAAGUGAUAUUAAGGCCAUUGCAGCAGAUGCAUCUGUGUUCAGUUUUGGAGACGAUGACGAUUAUGAAAGUGAAUAAGCAACAAAAUUCAUCACAAGUGAAGAGAGUGAAUCAACAAUAGAAAAGAUAAAAAGUCGACGCAGAUAUAAUUUUUAACAUUUUCCUUUCAGUUUCUCUCCCUUAUUUCUUUUGAAGUUGGUGGAGCUUUUAGAAUUUACACAUAUUCUUAAGCUGAUGCUUUCCACCAUUUUCUUAGCUAGUUUGAUUUAUUUCUUGGUAGACGUUUGACCUGUCAGAUUCUUAUGUCUAAUUUGUCAUAAAAAUCUAACUUAUUGUUGGCAAUUCAAAGAAGUAGCUCUGAGUUUUUAGAAA